CAACUUGGACUACAUUUCCCAAACAGAGCUCCGAGUCCAAACCUGCUGCUAGAGAGAAUCCCGGACAAAGGCACUUGGGUGAGGGGGCAGUUAGGAGUUGUAGUUUUUUGUCCAAAGCAGAACCAGCCGACGCCUGGACGGGGGCGGACCAGAGACUACAACUCCCAGAUGGCGCUCGCAGGGCAUUCGCUAGGCGGCUCGUACGAAAGAGGAACCCGCCUGGUGUAUGGGUUCUUCUACCAAAGUUCAGAAUACUAUUGUUCCAGAACUGGAGAUGCCCAGCUUUCCUGCUAUUUCAGUGCUGCAGAGGCCACUGCUAAGUAAAAAGUCUUCAUAGAGAUCUCUCUGUUAGCUCCCCACAUGGCACUGCAGUGUCUCAUGCUCCUGGCUGGCCUUCUGACGGGAGGCAUGAGCAAGUCCACAGAAAGCAAGGCCCAGCAGCUGGAGUGUUGUGUGGAUGUGGUAGACUUCAAUGCUACCUGCCCAGGCACAGGGCUGUGUGGCCCAGGUUGCUACAGGCACUGGAAUGCAGAUGGGAAUGCUAGCUGUGUCCGGUGCUGGAAUGGGACCCUCCCGACAUACAAUGGCUCUGAGUGCAGAAUUCUCACUGGCCGGGGCACGCAGUUUCCCAUGAACAGAAGCUCAGGGACACCUGGACAGCCACAUUUUGGGGCUCCUCAUGUGGCAGCUUCCCUCUUCCUGGGGACACUCUUCAUCAGCUCCUGCCUCAUCCUCUCUGUGGCUGGGUUCUUCUACCUCAAGCGCUCCAGUAAGCUUCCUGAGGUUUUCUACAGGAAGAACAGAGCCCCUGCACUACAGCCUGGUGAAACAGCUGCAAUGGUCCCUCUGCCGCAGUCUUCAGUGAGGAAGCCGAGAUACAUCAGGCGUGAGCUGCAUCCAGACAAGACUAAAGGUCCUUCUGCCUUCUCCACAGUGGAGGCCCACAUCAGCAACGUCUGACUUCUAGAGAUCAUCUGAGACUUC